AAUUAGGUCAUGAUCUUAAUAAGUAUUGUUGCUCUGUGAUUCUCUGACUGCGUGGAAGGGAGCAAAAGAGGAACAGACAGGACUUUUAACUGGCUAUUAAAAUAGAACACAAAGCAGCGAGGAGGUGUGGACCUCACGCUGACAGUUGAACAGCAGGAACGUGGACACAAGUGCACACAAUGUCUAAACAACCGUCGUCCAACGUAAAAGCCCUGCAGGCCAACCUUAAUAUUCCGAUGGGGGCUCUGCGUCCCGGGGCGGGACAUCCUGUGAAGAGGAGAGAAGAUACAGCAGAAGCAGAGGAGGCGUCCCCAGUGACUCCAGAGGAGAAAAAGCCACUGCCCGGUGCUGUGAAACUACCGGGCCCCGCCGUCAACCUUUCUGAGAUCCAGAACGUAAAGAGUGAACUAAGAUGGGUCACCAAGGACUAAACAAGACAGAGGUGGCUCCACCCCCAUUUUAUCCAAGGAUUUGGUUACUAUCUCCUUCCAAUCAGGUUCAUGUAUUUACCACAAACUCCCAGAGAACCAGUCGCAAAGGAAUCAACGACAAGCCUUAAUGACGACGCUACCUUCUGACCUGAGAACAAUAACUGAGGGGGUGGAUUCGAUCAGAGCAAAGACUGAUGGGUAUAGAGCAAAUCAAAGCUUUAAACCAGGGUUUAGUCUGUCUAAAAUAGGUCAUUGCUUUUUAAACCUCCCUGUUUCCAAUUCUGUAUUUUGUGUUUUAAAAUGUACUGUGUGUUUAAUUUAUAGGGAUUGUUUACACAAAAAUGUAAAUUCUGUCAUCAUUUACUCACCCUUAUGAGUGGACUAUCCCUUUAGGUUUGAUUUUAUAGAAGUUCUGUAUUCUCCUACUACCAUCAAUGAAUCAUAAAACAGAAUAUACAGUAUGACACUGAAGACAUUGGCUAUUACUAUUCCUCUUAAAAUUCCUCCAUUCGCCCUAAAAAAAGCAAGAUUGUCUUGUAAAACAACUCGAACAAAUGUGACAUCAUAAAAAACAAAAUUGUUUCAAUGUAUUUUACAUCUAGAGUGAUUAAUAUGCAAAUAAUUGCUAUAAUUUGAUUAAUUAGUCAGAAUGUCAUGCAUUAAAUUUGAUUAAGUUUCCUCUGAUUGACAGCCCUACUUAAACGCCUCACGCUGCAGGCUUGUUUUCACUCCCUACACAUCUCUUUCUUUAUCUAUGGCUUUGAUCUUGUGUGUUGCAGUACAUGAGUAGGCUGUUGCAUAAUAAAACAUGAUUUCACAUUCUCUCAAGGAGGAAACCGUAGGAGGAAACCAGCUCUUGUUAUCCUUGAACAAAUAGAACUGGAUUUCAAAUGCCGCACCAAUGGUUUAUGUACAUAAACUGGGAUCAGUUUAAAAGUGUAACGCUGCUUGUCUCCUUGCCUGUCCAUACAUGUCUGCACUGCUCUGUGAUUUACAGUAGUUUACUAGCAGCAGGUGUCGUGACCUUUGGGUGAAAGUGUCCUUAUUAAAGAUCACAUAUUGCUCCUAAGAUCAGUCAGUCUGCAUUGGCAGCAGGAAAACACAUGCAUGUAUAAUUCAAAUAAAUUGUCUACAUAUGAAUUGUAUUAAUUUUGUAAGACUAUUUUCAGUAAUGCUGCUUUGAAACAAUGUAUAUUGUGAAUUGGAUCACGAAGUGAAAGACAAGCAACCACUGAAAUACAUCCAAACCUGUUGGAAAAGAUACCCAGGAUGCACCUCAUGACAUUGGUUGAGAGAAUGAGAGACUUUGAGCACAGUGAUACAAGAGGAACUAUCAAUCAUGUGGAAUUGGAAUGGAGUUUUUUAGGAUUAGGCAUCUGGCAGAGGUGCUUGGAAUACAGAGAGAGUGAGCAGCUGUCUAACUAAUCAACAAAGCCUUCAUUAUUCCCUUAUUACCCAUAAUGCAAGGCAUAGAAAGCCUGCAGUUUUAAAACUUCUGAGAAGCUCAGCAUAUCUAAACUUUUGUUGAUUUAUUGAUACAGUCGUCUUCUCUGCUACCAUAUGUUUACCAUUAUACAUUUCAGAUUGUAUAUCUUUGAAAAAUGUGCGUUAAUUAAAAUGAUUUUCUCACCUAUAA